AUGACUCUAAAAAAAGGGCCCAGAGACCAAACCGUGCGGCCGCGGACGCUCACCUUGGGUCUUGCUAUGCGUCCGGAUCACCAAAACAACAGACCCAAGGGCAAGGUCAGUGUCAGAAUGGGUAAAACUGGGGAGCGCACAGGCCGUAAGGCUGCUGCUGAGCUUGAGCUGCGACCCCCGACUAUGCUCGGCUCGACAGCGAAAUUGGGUGUGAACUGGCUUGUGGUGUUGAGCGCCAUGCUGACUGAAGCCGACCGUCAGUGGGAGACCGUUCGUUGA